CUUAAAACUAGGGAUUAUAACAACCUUAGUAUUUAAGAAUCUUGAAUCCAAAAUCGAAUCACAAACUCUCUACUUUCAUGCUACUUCUCAAAUCUCUAUUUCCUUCUUCAAAUCAAUCAACUCAAUUCAACAAUGGAAAAAACCACACUCACUGAUAAAUACAGCAUUGAAUCCGCUGAAACUUUGGCAAACCAAGCUCAGGGUUUGCCUAUUGCGGAAGCCACGCCUAUAUACGAGCAGCUUCUGCAGUUAUUUCCAACAGCUGCCAAGUUUUGGAAGCAGUAUGUGGAGGCACACAUGGCUGUAAAUAAUGAUGACGCUAUCAAACAGAUUUUUAGUCGAUGUUUGUUGAACUGUCUUCAAGUUCCUCUCUGGCGAUGUUACAUUCGUUUCAUUAGAAAGGUUAAUGACAAGAAGGGGACAGAAGGUCAAGAAGAGACUAAAAAAGCUUUUGACUUUAUGCUCAACUAUGUCGGAGCAGACAUAUCAUCUGGCCCUGUAUGGAUGGAAUACAUAUCCUUUCUAAGAUCAUUGCCGUCUGUGCACCCACAAGAAGAAACACAUCGGAUGACUGUUAUUCGAAGAGUCUAUCAGAGGGCUAUUAUUAAUCCGACUCAUCAAAUUGAACAACUUUGGAAAGACUAUGAAAAUUUUGAAAAUUCUGUCAGUCGUCAGUUGGCUAAAGGACUGAUAUCCGAGUUUCAACCAAGGUAUAAUAGUGCGAGGGCAGUUUACCGGGAACGGAAAAAGUAUUUUGAUGAAAUUGAUUGGAAUAUGCUUGCCGUACCACCCACUGGAUCCUCAAAGGAAGAAAUGCAGUGGAUGGCAUGGAAAAGACUUCUAUCUUUUGAAAAAGGAAAUCCACAAAGAAUAGACGCCGCUUCCUCCAACAAACGAAUUGUAUUUACUUACGAGCAGUGUCUGAUGUAUAUGUACCAUUAUCCUGAUAUAUGGUACGACUAUGCUACAUGGCACGCUAAAUGUGGCUCGAUAGAUGCUGCAAUUAAAGUGUUUCAAAGAUCUCUGAAGGCUCUUCCUGAUUCGGAAAUGCUACGAUAUGCUUACGCAGAGCUAGAAGAAUCCCGUGGAGCAAUCCAGGCUGCAAAGAAAAUACACGAAAACCUUUUGGGAGAUGGUGAAAAUGCAACGGCACUUGCACAUAUUCAAUUCAUUCGUUUUCUAAGAAGAACUGAAGGUGUUGAAGCUGCAAGGAAAUACUUUCUGGAUGCUCGCAAAUCCCCGACUUGUUCAUAUCAUGUUUACGUUGCUUAUGCGUCCGUGGCUUUCUGUCUUGACAAGGAUCCUAAGAUGGCUCAUAACGUCUUUGAAGCCGGAUUAAAACGCUUUAUGCAUGAGCCGGUCUAUAUUCUCGAAUACGCCGAUUUCUUGACACGUUUGAAUGAUGACCAAAAUAUACGUGCUUUAUUUGAGAGGGCAUUGAGUUCACUUCCUCCAGAGAAAUCGGUUGAGGUUUGGAAAAGGUUCGUUCAAUUUGAGCAAACUUACGGUGAUCUUUCCAGCAUGCUCAAGGUUGAGCAAAGAAGAAAAGAAGCGUUUGGCGAAGAUGCAACGACAGCAUCAGAGAGUUCUCUGCAAGAUGUUGUAUCACGUUAUAGUUUCAUGGAUCUAUGGCCGUGCUCUUCUAAUGAUCUUGACCAUUUAUCCAGACAAGAGUGGCUUGCCAAAAAUCUCAAUAAGAAAGACGAGAAGUCUAUUGUUCUGAAUGGCUCGACUCUUACAGAUAAGGGAUCUAUUGCAAACAUUUCGAAUACAUCGUCAAAGGUUGUCUAUCCCGAUACUUCGAAGAUGUUGAUAUACGAUCCAAAGCAGAAUCCGAGUACAGGUGCUAGCACAAAUGCAUUCGAUGAAAUUCUUAAAGCUACGCCGCCUGCUUUGGUUGCAUUUUUAGCAAACCUACCCACAGUCGACGGUCCAACUCCAAAUGUGGAUAUCGUGCUAUCGAUUUGUUUGCAGAACGACCUUCCAAUCGGACAAAGUGGUAAAACCGGGGGUCCUGCUCCUGCUACAAGUGAACUUUCCGGUUCAAGCAAGUCUCACCCUGUUCAGAGUGGUUUGUCGCAUAAACCAAUCGGUCGAAAGCAUUAUGGGAAAAGAAAAGAAUUAGACAGACAAGAAGAUGAUGAUACUACAUCUGUUCAAAGCCAACCACCUCCUCGUGACGCUUUUCGUAUAAGACAGUUCCAGAAAGCUCGAGCAAACAGUACAUCACAGACCGGAUCAGUUUCAUAUGGAAGUGCACUCUCUGGUGAUUUAUCCGGCAGCACCGGUUGAUAUAAUAUAAUAUUACAAAUCACUUCUCCUUUUGGCGAUGCAAAUUGAAACAACUUCCAACUAUUUCGGCCAUUGAAAUUGCUUUUGAUAAAGCUCGACAUCAUCUAUGGUUAGAAACUAUUUCACAGCUCGUUUCCUUGGCUUCCAAGCAACCUCACGAUACUCUUUGGACUCGUCAUAACAAGUGGAGAAAUCGUUCACUUCAUUAUACCUUUGUAUAGGUUUUGUUGAUUUAGAUAUUUAUCUCUGCACUCUUUUUCCCUUCAUCAAGGUUUUAUCCCGAUGGGUUUUCCUUGGUAAGGUUUUUAACGAGGCAGAGUCAUAGGUUGCGUAUUGGUCUGGUCCCCCAAAAAAUAUGUAUAUAUGGAUUCAAAUUUCAAAUCAUGUUAUAUAUCGAUUUUGAUUUGAUUACUAUCAA